UGUGUGUGUGUGUGUGUCCUCUCAUGUGUGUGUCCUCUCCUGUGUGUGUGUGUGUGUGUCAAUGCGUCGCGAUGCGUUUGCCGGCGCUGAACAGGUGUGUGUUCAGUCCUCCGGAGCUCCACACACAGAGGGGCUCUCGCGCUCACACGUACCCAGGAUUUAGCUUCACAUCUGGGGCAGCAGGACCCUGAGCGCCCCCCCUCCUCCUCUGGAGAUGAUCCAGCGAGGAACGCAGAGAGGUGUAGCCCAGCGGAGGACACUGAUGCUGGGGUAGAUCUGCUGCCGAUCAGCCUGUUGUACCUCCACUCUUCUCCAGUCUGACAGCAGGGCGUCUCGUUUGGCUCGGCGGUGGAACCGUUCUGCGGCCGAUGCUCUGAUCCUGAAGCCGCUGUUCUACACGGGAACCUCCCGAUCCUCACUCAGCCUGGACAGAAGCCUCCCGGUCACGAUGACUCAGCAGAUGCAGAACCUGCAGCUGACUCAGAGCAGGAAGUGCCCCGGAGGCCCCGCCUCCCCCAGCGCCGCCAAGCGCCUCUACAGGAACCUGUCGGAGAAGCUGAGAGGAAGCACCGCGUCCUUCGAGGACACCUACUUCUUCGGGAAGACUGACCGCCUACGAAAAGCCUCGGCGAUGCAGGGCAGCGACUGUAUCUUCGAGGCGGUGGAGCAGCAGGACCUGGACUCGGUGCAGCUUCUUCUCUACCAGUUCUCAGCCGAGGAGCUGGACCUGAACACCCCGAACAGCCAGGGGCUAACUCCUCUGGACAUCUCCAUCAUGACCAACAACACGCCCAUCGCCAAGCUGCUGCUGAGGGCCGGAGGCAGGGAGAGCCCCCACUUUGUGAGCGUGGAGGCUCGGGAGGCUCUGAUUGGCUCCCUGGUGCAGGAGGCGGAGCUCCGAGCAGCUGAUCUGUCCUCUCAGGCUCAGAGGGAGGGUCUCUCUCUGGAGGCCUGUCAGAAGGACAAGACCCUCAAAGCCUGGGAGUGGAGGAGCAAACUGUACCGCCGCAUGAGGGCCGGAUUCCUGCACGCAC